AUGUCGACCCGUGAGCCAAGUCAUGCCGGUAGCUGGUAUAGCUCUUCGAAAUCACAGCUCUCUAGUCAGUUGGAUGGCUGGUUGUCAAAAGUGGAUACUCCAGUCAAGCCUAUUGGUCGGGUCUCGUCUCAAGAAUCCUGGAGUAGCUUGCCUGUACCGGGUGCUAGAGUCAUCAUUGCUCCUCACGCCGGAUACUCUUACUCGGGAUCUGCUGCUGCAUGGGCUUAUCGUUCUUGGGAUGUUUCCAAGGCAAAGCGUGUCUUUCUACUCGGUCCAUCUCAUCACUUCUACUUGACUAAAUGUGCUUUGAGUCAAUGCGACAAGUACGCAACUCCUCUCGGUAACUUGACUGUCGACACGGAAACCACAAAGGAGUUGUACGAGAGUGGAAAGUUUCAGUGGAUGAGCAAGAGCGUCGAUGAAGAUGAGCACAGCCUUGAGAUGCAUCUUCCGUACAUCUACAAGAUGCUUUCCAAAUCAUUCUCAUCAGAAUCCGCCUUCCCAAAGCUUGUCCCCAUCAUGGUCGGUAACACAUCCGCAUCAACCGAGAAACAGUUUGGCGAACUCCUCGCACCUUAUCUUCAAGAUCCUUCCAACGCCUUUGUCAUCAGCUCAGACUUUGCCCAUUGGGGUUUGCGUUUCCGCUACACAUACUACCAACCCUCAUCCGGAGAUCCAGUUGAUCUGUCGGGAAGAUCAAAAGCUCCCAGAGACCCACCAAUCCAUGAGAGUAUCAAGAAGGUCGACUUCCAAUGUAUCGAUGCAUGUGAGACUGGCAAUCACAAGGCUUGGCUGGAUACACUUGCCGAUACUGGCAACACCGUCUGUGGUAGACAUCCAAUCGGCAUCAUCAUGGCUGCCAUGGAAGCAGUCAAGAAUCCAGCCAGAUUCAAAUUCGUACGCUAUGAACGCAGUAGUGAGUGUACCACGGUCGAGGAUAGCAGCGUCAGCUAUGCCAGUGCCUUUGCUGUCAUCUGA